UGUUCGCACAAUCAUCUCUGUUUGUUUGCUGAGAAAAAUAGAGGAAUGAAAAGUAAAAUACAUUUGGAAUCUUAUAUAUUGGAAAAUAUAAAGAAAAAAGGCAAACGGUUAAAAUUUUAAGAUGUAAACCUCCUAUUUCCUUUUGUUUUCUUAGGAACCAAACAUAGUAUUGAAUUCUGGUUUUGUUUGAUUUCUUGAAUGAAUGAUUCUAUUAAAAUUUUAUCUUAUUUCAUUUUAUUUAUUUUUUGUAUUACAACAUUUCUAAUGGCUCAGAUCAUGUUCUAUCUAGCUUUCUUCAAUGCUUGAUUCAUUUUCUGGUUCUGGUACUGAUGAGAUAAUUGUAAGAUGAAUGAUCCUGAAUUUUCAAAUAAGUGAUUUGUUUGAUUUAUCUCACAAUUUUCUUGGAAUUCUACCCAUAUGGGCGAUACCAUGUCUAAAUGAAUUAUUAGUUCAAAACCCAAUACUGUCUAAAUGAAUUUACAGCCUCUGAUACAAGCACCCAUGGUGGCUUCUAUGUUCCUCGUCGCGCUGCCGAAGACUGUUUCCCACCUCUUUGUAGGACUAUAAACAACGAAGACCCUCUCAGGAGCUUGUUGCCAGGGACCUUCAUGGAGUGGAAUGGAAAUUUUGACCUAUUUAUUGAGCCAUGGCGACACCUUCUCACUACAGGAUGGAGCAUCUUUGUGAGUCAAAAGAAUCUUGUUUCAGGUGAUGCAGUUCUUUUGUUGAGAGAUGAAGGUGGAGAGAUGAGGUUCGGUAUUAGACGAGCUGUUCAACCAAGAAAUGGUCUUCCUGAUUUAGUUCUCGGUAACCAAAUUUAUCGAAGCGUUCUUUCUCCCGUGGGCAAUGUUGUAUCCACCAAGAGCACAUUUCAUGUUUUCUACUACCCAAGGUUGUUUUUGACAUUGGCAUCGACUUUGUUCCACUACAAGCAAAGAAUGCAGGUUGUUUUUCACUUUUUCUACUGCUGGGACAUUUGCUACUAUUUUGGGAACAGUCGGAGCUGAUUUUUUUGUUGAAUUAGUGGGGUUCAUUCUAGGGAUUUUUAUAUUUUUUUGCUGCUCUAUUCUGGAACUUAUAUUCUACAUGUGAGAGAGUCAAUUUGUGUUUUAAGACAAUUCUAAUUGGCUUCUAUAUUAGAUUGUUGUUGGAUGGUGUGAAACUGUGCAUGAGAUGGCUGCUUGGUUUUUUGGAAUUGAAUUUGUUGGAUUUUUUUUUAUGAAGGAUGUUGUAUUAAGUGCUAUUAUAGAUGUGAGGGAACUGUAAUUAAAGAAAUAUUUGUCUAUACAAAGUUUUAUUCAU